UUACUGGUAAGAGGUAACAAAACAAGGAGCCUAAUUUUGACUUUUGACCUUUCCUUUGCUUAUAUCUUAAAAUUGUUGAACACCCCAAGCGCCUCCUCCACCUCCUAGUUAAAAUCAUCAACACCCAAAUCCAAGUUCCUCUCGGCAAAGGAAUUGCAUACCAUACUGGAGUGGAGUAAUAAUUUUUUCAGAGAUCUUUACUUUUGUUCGGUUAUAGAUGGCGUACGUAGAACAUGCCUUCUCGAUAUCCGAUGAGGACAUCAUGAUAGGGACACCCUACGCCGUUAACAAUCGGCCUCCGUUCAAGGAGAUCGGCCUUGCUGUCGCUCUUCUCGUCUUUGGCACGCUUGGGAUCAUCUUGGGUAUCUUCAUGACCGUCAACAGAGUCGGUGGUGACCGAGGCCAUGGGCUUUUCUUUGGAAUACUGGGCUGCAUAUUGUUCAUUCCGGGUUUCUAUUAUUCAAGGCUUGCAUAUUAUGCAUAUAAAGGAUACAAAGGCUUCUCCUUCUCCAACAUUCCCCCUGUCUAGAGCAACUCUCUUCCAUCCAUGUACAGAUCUUCUUUCAUUUUUCUACUUUCUUUUGACUUUUUUUUUUGUUUCUGUGGAUUCCGACUUCUCUUAUUGUUUUUGCGUCCAGAAUAACUUCACUUUGUAUGUUAUUUGUUCCAUAGUAGAAUUGUAACCAGUGGUCUUGUUUGUUGUACUUGUUUUUAUGACAUAAUAUCUAAUCUUCCUGUUUGUAGUU